AAGUUAAAUUCAAGUUGCACCAAGUUUAUAUUUUUAAAUUAAAGGUUUUCGAAACGUAAUUUCUGGUUAAGAAAAUUUUGAAAUAAAGUUCCCCAUUUGAUAUUUUAAUUAAUUUAACUUUAGUUUUACUCAGACGCAUCCACGUUGAAUCAAAAUCAACAUAUAAUUUUGCUUUAUUAUCCCAAUUUAAUAAGUUUUCGGCCUCUUCUCAGGCAGCUGAAGCUGGUUGAAUCAUAAAAUACCUCCUACCUCCAUUGGUAUAGGCACCUAUUGUAUAAGUACAGGUAUGAAGUAUUUUAUUCCCCACUCAUUACACUUCUGCAGUAUUAUAUUUAAGUAUUUAUUAGAACUUUACACAGAGUUUUUCAAACGUUUAAUAGAAAUUUCGUAAACAAUCUUAUUAAAUUUUAUUUUUUAAAAUUGGUUACACUUGGAGGUUGGAAUUUUUUUAAAUAGAUAACAAUUUAUUGUCAAGUUAUUUGAAUGUAGUACCUAUACAAUUUGAAUUCAGUUAAUCAAAAUGUUUUAUUUGUACAUUUUAUGGUAUACAAAUGCUUUGAUAAUUUAUUUUAUUAUACUGUAUAAAUCAGAAGCUCACACAAUACAACUGUAUUUUGAUUGACUGCUUUUGACUUUUUGAUAGUGUCAUCAAAUAAUUCCCAAUUGUUAGGCCCUCUUUUACAGUACGCUACAUAGUGACCAACAGAUGUGCGCAAUCUACUUAGCCCUUUAGGAUUAUGUUAUUUAGGAUUAUAUUAAUACCUACGUUUCUACUCAUAAAUUAUACUAUGUAUAAUUUAUUAUUUUACUUAUUUUAUUUAAAAUAGUAUAAUGGCUUUUGGGUUUACUACAGCGCCAACACCUCUCUUCAAUUUUUUUUUUUAGUACUGUAACUCUAGUUGAAUAAUUUGUAUUGACUUGAAAAUUGAUAAUUUGGUGCCCCAUGAAUAAUCAUUCUUUAAUGAACUAAAUAUUUUGAAUAGUUUUUUCUGUUUAAGUUUCGGGGCAUUUUAGUUUGAACUUCGUAAUGUGUGUUUCUACUGUCAAAUUUUUUCCAAACUUUUAUUUUUGUUUUCUAAAAUCAAUUUGCCUGCGGGCGCCAACACCUCCCUUCAAUUUUUUUUUUAUGAUUUUAACUCUAGCCAAAUUUUUUAAACAUUAACAAUCUGGUACCCUUUGAAUAAUUCUUUAAUGAACUAAAUAUUUUGAAUAGUUUUUUCUGUUUAAGUUUCGGGACAUUUUAGUUUGAACUUCGUAAUAAUUUUCAAAUUUUAUAGAAUUGAGGAAAAUUUGAAAAACCGGUACUGGUUCCGUUAAGGUAUUAGUGUUUUAAAACAGUCAGUACUCAUCACUUUAGUCACAAUGUGGUAAAUCCUAGUUUUUGCACUUUUCGGAACGUUAUUGACUUAGUGACAAAAUAGUGAUAAAAGUUGAAAAUCAAAAUUAUAUUUUAAUACUACAUUAAAAACCGAACAGGAAUUUAACAAGUAAUAACUAAUAACGAGUAAGUAUAUAUAAUCAUUUUUGUUUUUGUAUUUUCACAAUUCCACAUUUAUUUGUUCUUAUACAGCGUUAGAAAUUUUUUCAGAAAUUAUUUUUUAAUAUUUUGGGAAUUUAUUUCUGAUUGCCUGGUAGAUAUCUUUAAUGUUCUAUUGUCAAUCAAGGAUGAAAAAAAUAUAUAUAAAUUUCAUUAGGAGUUAUAUAGAAAAUAAGGCUGCGCUUUUUACAAUUGAUGGAUGUGGUCAGUCAUACUUUGACUGUGGCGUUAUUCCAGAAGUAUACGCAACUGUAGAUUUUGGAAUUUCAUCAAACGCUUCUCAAUGUUUUGACUUCAUGAGAAAGGUUCAAAAAGGAGGUCCACUAGUGAACUCAGAGUUCUAUCCCGGUUGGUUAACUCAUUGGCAAGAAUCAGUAUCUAUAGUCAACCCCAUCGAUGUUGUAAAACAAAUGAAAGUAAUGUUGGCAAUUAAUGCUUCGUUUAAAAUUUUCGGUACAAAUUUUGGAUUCACAUCGGGAGCGAAUACAAAUGACACCAAAGAAAGUAUUGGAUACUUACCACAGUUGACCUCAUACGAUUAUAAUGCUCCAUUGGAUGAAGCUGUAGACCCUACAGAAAAGUAUUUCAAAAUUAAACAGACACUUGAAGAAGCCAAAUAUGCUGUGACAAACGAGAUAUCACCAAAUCCCGCACCCAAAGGUGCCUAUGGAAAAUUCUAUUUAAGACCUUUGGUUAGCAUAUUUGAAAAGGUUGCUCAACGUAUUAAACCAGUGAUCAGUGAUGUUCCUUUACCGUUUGAGGACUUAGAUAUUAACACUGGUUUUGUAAUGUAUGAAACAACAUUAACAGAUGAUCAAAAAAAUGUUGAAAAUCCAGUAAACCUAACUGUGAACACGGUUAGAGAUCGAGCAAUCAUUUACCUGGAUCAAGUACAAGUGGGUACUAUGAAUCGGUUGAAAGCUAAUACUACAAUAAGCUUAAACAUUAACCGUACUGUUCAAAACCUAAGCAUUUUAAUUGAGAAUCAGGGAAGGAUGAAUUUUGGAGACUUAAUUGAAGAUAGGAAGGGAAUUUUUGAUCAAGUGAUUCUCGGAAAUAAAAUAUUAAGCCCUUGGAAAAUGACUGCAUAUUCUUUGAAUGGUACAUCAUGGAUUUCUUCAAUCAAAUCAGUUGAAAACGUCAACAGUGUUAAAUUACCAGCAUUUUAUAAAACACAGUUUACAUUAACAGUUAACUAUACAAAAUGUUUAGACACUUAUUUGGACACUUCAGGCUGGACAAAGGGUGUAGUGUUUUUAAACAAUGUAAACCUUGGUCGGUAUUGGCCACUUGGUGGACCUCAAGUUACACUUUAUGUGCCAGCUCCUUUUUUAAAACCAUCACCUUAUGCCAAUACACUAGUGAUAUUAGAACUUGAAGGUACAUCUCAAGAUUUGUCCGUGAAAUUUGUGGAUAAACCUGUUCUUGAUGGUCCUAUAAUGACAUAGAUAAAAUGUAUGUUAUAUAAUUGAUUAAGAAAAAUAUAUUAAAAUU